AUUAUUAGUGUAACGAAAAGCAGAUCCCACAACAACAACCGCACCUGCGCACCAACCCACUGAAAGCAACAAAGUGCCUGAUCGCUGACAUAAAACACUGCACCUCCGCCCCCUUUUCGAAUAAAGAGAGGAGCGAGAACAUUAAUCUCCGUGCAAUGGCGAUGUCAAUGGCGCUUCGCAGGCUCUCCUCUUCUUACGCUCGUCCUCUCUUCAAUGGCGGUUCCUAUUACAUGUCUACUUUGUCAAAUGAUGCUGUUUCAGAAACCAAUCGACAUCGUGUCAAUUGGAUAAAACAACUGAAUGAGCCGCUUGAAGUUAUUGAUCCUGAGAUUGCGGACAUCAUUGAGCUCGAAAAAGCUCGGCAAUGGAAGGGGCUUGAGCUCAUACCAUCCGAGAAUUUCACUUCUGUUUCUGUAAUGCAAGCUGUUGGGUCUGUUAUGACCAACAAAUACAGUGAAGGAUAUCCAGGGGCUAGAUAUUAUGGAGGAAACGAGUACAUUGAUAUGGCUGAGUCAUUGUGUCAGAAACGGGCACUGGAAGCAUUUGGGUUAGAUCCUGCAAACUGGGGAGUCAAUGUUCAGUCUUUAUCUGGUUCACCAGCCAACUUCCAAGCUUAUACUGCACUUUUGAAGCCCCACGAGAGAAUCAUGGCACUUGAUCUACCUCAUGGUGGGCAUCUUUCACACGGUUAUCAGACUGACACCAAGAAGAUAUCAGCUGUAUCCAUAUUUUUUGAAACCAUGCCUUAUAGACUGGAUGAGAAUACUGGCUAUAUUGAUUAUGACCAGCUAGAAAAGAGUGCUGCCCUUUUUAGGCCAAAAUUAAUAGUUGCUGGUGCAAGUGCUUAUGCACGUUUAUAUGAUUAUGCUCGUAUAAGAAAGGUUUGUAACAAGCAAAAAGCUAUUUUGUUAGCUGAUAUGGCGCACAUCAGUGGGUUGGUUGCUGCAGGUGUCAUUCCAUCUCCUUUUGAGUAUGCAGAUAUAGUGACAACUACAACACACAAGUCCCUCCGAGGGCCACGAGGAGCAAUGAUAUUUUUCAGGAAGGGUGUAAAGGAGAUAAACAAGAAAGGAGAGGAGGUAAAGUAUGAUUUUGAAGACAAAAUCAAUCAGGCCGUCUUUCCAGGACUUCAGGGUGGACCACACAAUCAUACUAUUUCUGGUUUAGCUGUUGCAUUGAAACAGGCAAUGACUCCAGAGUACAAAGCCUAUCAAGAGCAGGUGCUCAGUAACUGCUCCACAUUUGCCCAGAAACUGGCUGAGAAAGGGUAUGCCCUGGUUUCUGGUGGGACUGAUAAUCAUCUAGUCUUGGUGAAUCUGAGAGACAAGGGCAUUGAUGGAUCGCGAGUUGAAAAAGUUUUGGAAGCAGUUCAUAUUGCAGCUAACAAAAAUACAGUUCCUGGUGAUGUAUCAGCUAUGAUUCCGGGAGGCAUCCGUAUGGGAACCCCUGCUCUAACAUCUAGGGGGUUUAUGGAAGAGGAUUUUGCAAAGGUGGCUGAAUUCUUUGAUGCUGCUGUGAAGUUGGCAUUAAAGAUAAAAGCUGAUACUACAGGGACAAAGCUGAAGGAUUUUGUGGCGACCAUGCAUUCAAUUGACAAGUUUCAGUCCGAUAUCUCAAAGCUGUGUGAAGAAGUUGAGGAUUAUGCAAAACAAUUCCCCACAAUUGGUUUUGAGAAAGAGACGAUGAAAUACAAGGACUGAGACAUUGAUUAUGAAUGAAGUCUAAGAAUAUUGGUUGGCUCAACAUUCAGCUUCUCUAUGGUAGAGUAUUAGCAGGAUAUCAAGGUUGAAGACUAGCAAAUGCUAGAUGGAAAGAAGACAUGAGUACAAAGUUUGAUUUGUAUCAGCCUAUCAGGCAUAAUUGAUAUCCAUAUGUAUUCAUGACAGUUACAUAGUUGUUUGUUGCCCACAUUGCUAUUUGUUUACUCUCCAGGUUAAGUUGCCGCAUUUCAUGCUCAAAUCUUAAUCAUUAAGAGAUUUACCAUUUACAAUUGAUUCCAAUGAAGUUUUAUAUUCACCGUA